AAACUAUACUCUUAUCAAACAUCACAGAAGAUUUCAAUACAGCCACAACAUGCUGCAACUCCCAUAAUGCUCAAUUUGUACCUGACAAGAAAGCGAUCUCUGGAGUUCAGGAGAUAAGGUGUCCACGACGUCCACGAGUCCGGAGGGACGAGCAGCCGGAAGUCAUGGGCAGCGACAGUCGGUGGCGCUGUGUCCUGGUGGUGUGGACACUUCUAGGAUCCAUUGAAGCUGGCUGGAUAAGUGGAGUCUGUAACAAUGAAACGGCUUCACCGAAUCAGCCACGGCAUCCAGACCUACCUGCGCAGUUUGAAGCGUUUGUGCAGUGCAACAUGGUGGACAUGAACCUGACGUACCUGGUGCACGAGUAUUUUGAUUAUCCUCCAACAUGGGGCGCCUGACACAGAUGGGCAACGGCGCUAAAGGUGACCUCUACUACGACUACGGCAACAACGAGCUGCUCAACUUUGACAGAAUAAAUGGUGGUUGCGUGGUAACGAACAUCACCACCGACGACAACAGAUUUCUUUUCGGGGUAAAGUCGAAGGGCAGCGAGAAUCACAUCUUCUCCGCGGCGGGUGCGCUGCACUUUGAGCAGGGUACGGAGAGGUACCUGGGUACCGACGUGGUACGCGGAAUCCGGGUGGAGAAGUGGCACUCGUGCCAGUACAUGCCCGUCCUGGACGCAACGGUGAACGUCACGUGGUACUUUUCGGACAAGUCCGCAUGGGACACAGACAUCGGCAAAAGGUCAGUGCCCGUCCGUGCCGUGGUGGUGGGGAAGAUCAACGAUGGCAACAAUGUUCGCAGUUUCAACCACAUCUACGAUUUCUUCCACUUCAGGGCCGCCAUCAAUCCGAUGGACUUACAACUGGAGAGUGGCGACUACUGUCAGAACCGAAUAAAGCAAGUUCCGUUCCCCAAACUGCCUGAUGUGUUCUCCAUCACCGGGGAGAUGAUAAAUUUUUCCGAGGAGGCGACCCUGACGAUCGAGGAACACUAUGACCAGAAAAAUAAGCUGAACGUUUACCGGUACCUGCCACCCGACAAAGCGGGAACACUGGAGAGCGUUAAUGACGUCACCGAAAUCCACGACUUCAACUCGGGUAUUGCCUACAUCAUCAACACCGCCACUGGAGUGUGUCAGAUGCGGAACAUGACUCAGGGGCUUGUCCAGUUCCCCUCCAUCCCUGGGGAAAGUGAUUCUGUGAGGCAGCAGACGUACACCAGGUUCUUCCUCCUCAAUGGCACUACCUCAUACUCGUAUGGAGGCGUGAAAACCCACCGAGGGAUCAGGUGUGAUACCUGGAUCGGAGGGACAGUCGACCCAAACGAUGGCAGCGUCGUCAGAGAUGAAUGGUGCUUUGCCACUACUGACUACCAAAACUGGGAAUUGUCUGGAGCAGGACAGGGCAGCUCGUAUCAAAUCCCCAUCCUGUACAGGCGGUGGGAUGACCAAGACGACGACCAGCCCACGUACCUGUACAAUGGCUUCUCCUUUGACCUGGACCGGCCACUCACAUCCAAACUUGAUGUCGGCGCUUGUUUCCAUGGAGCUCAGAGAAUAAACGUACGUUUCGCUGUUGAUGGUGGGUACAAGUCAGCCGUGACCUACAACAUUGAAAACUUCAAAGCGGCCCUCCGGAGUGCCGUCUCCCUCUUCCUGGGUGUGUCCCAGUUACAAGUUGCGGACAUCGAGGUGUACACUGGUGAUCCAAGCAUCACGGUGACCUUUGACUUGCUGGACGCGCCUCCCACAGCUCAGGACAACAACUCACCAACAGUGUUCAACUCCCUGAACAACGCUCUCUCCUUGCUCACUUCUCCCUCCACGACCACCUACUUUGAGAUUUCUGUCCUCAAUGGUCAGACAGUGACCACAGUUCCACUACUCAACAACUCCGGACGCAUUUUCUUUUCGAAUGGAACCUGCCUAGGCUGUGAUUUGCUGUACUCACCUACAUUUGCUGCUACUAGCUCUGGAUAUUCUGCAGGAGCACUGGGCGGCCUGGCGGUUGCCAUGAUCAUCCUGGGAGGAGCUUUCGGUGUAGUUGGGGGAUACUUCAUGUUUGGUCGACAAGGUCCACAAAGUGGCAUCGUCACACUUCGAGACAUGAAACCAGGAUCUUAACUCAUCCCUUGUGUGUAAUCGCCAAGUUCCAUCACUCACACCCUUGUGAAAUGAUGCUGAUCACCGGGCAUAGAGGCCAGUCACCAUUGUGACGUCACGUUUGUACACAGAUGCACCUACUGUACAUAGUAGUCCCAUCUCUCCGUCUGGUGGAGGCUUCCCAGGGUAGACGUACUCACCUGUGCUUCUGGUUCGUUGGUCUCUUUCUGUGCAUGUUGAUUCGUGCAGGUGCAUAUCGCGAGAACGGGUAUAUUUGCCCACAUGAAUUGCGAUGUACCAAUUUUGGAAGCUACUUAUCUUUAUCUUUACCACAGAACAGCAUCACUUAGUAAUUUCCGGCUUAAAAAAAAGGUUUGAAAAUCUUGGGCUCUAACAGCCUGAAUAGCUUUCUGGUGCCGGUGUUUAUGUAGAUGAUAGUGUUGAGAUUAGGUGAUUAGGAUAGGAUACACAUUGUGUUAUGUAAAGUUUAUUCUAUAAAUAAAUCCAUUUGAAAGUU